AUGAUAAAAGAAAUACAACAAACGAGAAACUUUUUUUUAUGGUUUUACGCUUCAAUAACAGCAUCUUUUUAUGGACUUUUUGUUGAACCUACUGAGCUAAACGUUUACUCUCACAUCCAACAGUGGCUUUCAGAUGAGGAAGAGAGGCUGCUGGUAGCAUUAAAAUUCUUCAGCGUUUAA